AUGAAAGCUACUUUCUUCGCUAUCCUUCCCUUACUCGCUACUGUCGUGGCUGCUACUGCCCCCACCGCUGCUCCAAGAGCGAAACGACAAGAUGACGGUGAAACCACCGGUGACGAAGUCGGAUCAGCGGUAGACGACGGUCUCGACGGCGCUACCAGUGUCUUCGAUGAAGCCACCUCAGAUAUCGACUCGGUAUUCGACCAAGCCACUUCAGCCGUCGGCACUGGCGUUUCGGACGUCACCUCCGCAUUUGACGAAGCCACUAGCGCUAUCGACUCGAUCGCUAGCGAAGCUACCUCCGCAGUAGCCAACGGAAAUCCAACCUCGGAGAUCGAAAGUCUCGCUACAUCUGCUUCGGGUGCGGUGGCUUCGAGGAUCUCUAGUGCAACCGCUGCUAUUGGAAGCGCCACUUCAUCCGUCGCUGGAGCUACCCAGUCCGCCGCCGCUUCCGCCUCCAAAGCAGCCAGUUCAGCCGCCUCUGCCGCUUCGUCCGCUGCUGCCUCUGCUACCGGAAGUGAUAGCGCAGGAUGCGUCCUUGGUGUAGAUAAUAAACUUAUCGCUUUGGGUCUCGGUGCUGUCGUAGCCGCUGCUGGUCUUUAG